UUACAUAAUUAGAAUGAGUUUAGAUUGUAACAGCCUUUAUGGAUUAUCAUAGGAUGUUGGUGAACUUGUUAAUUGAUUUUAAACUGACCAGAGGAGAAUAUAACAAAACCGAAACAAGCACUACGUAAGUACUGAUAGUGCUGAUGUUAUCGGCAAUUAUUAUCAUCCAGACUCAAAAAGAUUGACUAAGACAAACAUCACACACGAUUGUGUGUGAUAUAAGGUCACCACAUUACCCGUAUAUACACCCAUCAUGGCGUUUGUGGACCUGCAGCUUCUUUUGCAGACCUGUUUAUACUUCGCCGUGUCCAUCUGCGGUUUGGUCGUCUCCAUCCCUGUGGGAGUGACAACGAUAAAAUUUGAAGGAUCUUGUAUUCUAUAUGGACACUUUGACUGGAAAAACCAAACCUCGUUUGUUAUGACGUCCAGUGAUGUGGUCAAUUGUCAAAUGCCGAUCUGGAUCAGUGUGUUUGGAUGCAUUUUUUACUGUCUCGGCCUCGGCAUCUACAGCUCUUUCGCUCUCCGUAAAUCUCUCGCUGACCCAACUAUAGCGUCUCAGAUGUGGGUCAUGCCGUUCGUGCUGACCAAUUCACUUCUAACCGCUCUUGUCCUGAUCACAUCAUGUCUCAUCAGUGUUGGAUUCUCAAACUUCUGCAGUAAGCUCACAUCUAAAGGAUACAUCAAAAAUUGCGUUGAUGCACAGGGCCAUGAAUGGACAAACAUAGUGACAAACAAGAAAUUUAACGUUGGUCAAUUCCAUAAGCAGUUGUCGAUAGCCGAGACAGCGUCGUGGAUAUGUUUGCUCCUGUGCCUUGGACAGACGUUGCUCUGUGUUCUUCGCUUCAUCCGGAACAGGAAGCGGAGAGCUAAGGCGGACGCGGAAUCCAGGUCUCGUAAGGACGAACUUACAUCUGGAAACUAUAUUUAAAAAAAGAAGUGGAGAGAGACAGAAGAUAUAUUUUUCUCAAAUCUGAGAGAAUCUUUCUUUCACAUAGACUCUGAGUGUUUGUGAAGUAUACUUGUAUAGUAAAUUUCAUAUAGCACAUCCAUGUACCAAAAAAGCCGAGGACAUAACGAAACUAUUUAACUGUGAAUGAUGUGAAUGGUUCAUAUGCUGAAACACAGAAUAUAAAUACAGUAGUCAUUUGAAGUAUAAAUGUUACAGUCAGUGGUAAUUGUUUUGAGUCCAGAAUAAAACAACUGAAGUUUUCACUAUCAUC